UCUAUGGUCUGUAUCUGCCAUUGUUUGUUUGUGCUUUUCAGCGUCGAAAAGUUUCAUAAAUUUAUCUUUUUUCAUCUGGAGAUAACCAGAUUUAAGUAUAAGUUCUGUUUAGAUUUGUGAAACUAGGUUAUUCAACAUGUCUAUUGGAGUGCCUAUUAAAGUAUUACAUGAAGCCGAGGGUCAUGUAGUAACUUGUGAAACAAAUACCGGCGAAGUCUAUCGCGGGAAACUAAUUGAAGCCGAAGAUAACAUGAAUUGCCAAAUGACCAUGGUCACAGUAACGUAUAGAGACGGUCGAAUUGGUCAACUCGAAAAUGUUUACAUUAGAGGGUCCAAGAUACGUUUUCUGAUUUUACCAGAUAUGUUGAAGAAUGCUCCAAUGUUUAAACGACAAGGAAAUAAACCGACCGCUGGUCGUGGCAAAAGCGCUAUAUUGCGAGCACAAGCGGCGGGUCGGGGCCGGGCGGGGGGCCGCGGCGGGGGGCACCGCGGCGGCUGGCAGGGCGGCUCGGGGCCCUCGCGACGCUAGCCACAUAUUAAUAUCUUGAGAUCGGUUAUUGAGUGUUGCUUGUAAUCCUGUUGUUGUAUUUGCCAUAUGUCCAUAAUGUAUGAAGGAAUUAUUUGUAAAAUUGAGAGAAAUGCACAUUGCAUUGCGUUGAGUGAGAAGCGAUAGUAAAUAUACUAUUGGCAAAGUGAAAUUUGUACUAUAAAAUACAACCAAGAAUAGGAUGGCUCUUAAUUCUUAUCAAAUAUUUAUAUGAGUCGCUUAAAUUGACUCUGUAACUUCAUUUUAUCUCUCCCAUACUAUCACUACUUAUUUAAAAUGAGGAUUUCCAAUAUAUGUUAAAAGUAUGAACUUGUCUCUCAACCCUUGAGGCUGUUCAAUGAAUUAUUUGAUUGAAUUACAACCACGGUAUUAUAAGCAAUUCUCUGUUAGUAUGUGGCAAUGUGUGUUUUAGUGUAAAGUGACUUGUGAUAUGAGAAAGGACUCAAUAAAUUACACAACCAAA